UGGAAGCUCUUCAAAAAAAUAAUAACAUGCCGAAUUUCUAGAAUUGUUCAUCAUUAUCCAAUAUUCUUGCCUUUUCAUACGUGUAAUCAAUCUGAUCUGCUUUUUAUAAUCACCAAUUUUCAUCUUAUUGAAAGAUUUGCACAAGUGCAUGCUUUAUUUCAGUGCAAAUUCAACUCAACACGUUCAGCGUUGAUGACCUACUUUCGAUGUUGAUUGAUUUCUGGUCAAAAUGAGUGCCAUAAACAUUUUUAAGCUUGAGAAUGGCGAUUCAAAGCCAAUUUCAAUAGAUGAAGGCAAAACAGUAAUAGGCAGAGGACCUUUCUUGCAGGUGACAGAUAAACGAGUUUCCAGAAAUCAUGGCGUUCUGGAGGUGUCAGACGGGAAACUCUAUAUUACACCAACCCACACAAACCCAUGCUUCUUCAAGAGAACUCCAAAGAGUAGCGUCGAGAUCAUGAAAAAGGAUGAAAGACGUCACCUCGAGAACGGACAGAUAUUUGGUCUCUUGCCUGACAGCCUUUACUUCAAAGUCCAGUGUCCAGUAACAGAAAAUGGGACGCCUAAAAGCAAACCAGUGAAGCGAGAGCCAAAACCAAAACCUGCUCCCGUGGAAGAAGAAGUUUCCCCAUUGAAAACCAAGUGGUCAGGUAUUGCGAAGACAGAGGGAGGGGAGGAUAUAGCUUUGCCCUUAGAUAAGAAGAGAGCCCUGCCAGAUUGGAUGGUGCAGAUGGCAAAAACACCAGCAAAAUCCCCCAUCAAAAACAAUGACUACACUCCUGCGAAGAGGGCAACCCCAGCAAAGCCAAGAAAAAGAAAGACUGAGAGCGAUGAGGAUGAAGAUUUUGAUAUAGAGGAGGAGGAGGUGGUGAAGACAACCUCCAGGAGAGGGCGGGUGGUAAAGAGGAAGAGCUAUGCGGGCAGCGAAGACGACGAUGAAGAAGACUGGGAGGCAGAAGAAGACUAUAAGCCGAAAAAGCGUUCACCGGCCAAACGGGCGACACCCAAGGCCAAGCCUAAACCAAAGCCUCGUGCUCGGAAGAAGGCAAUGUCUAGUGAGGAAGAAGAUUUGGAUUCAGAAGAGGAAGUGAAGCCAAAAAAGGGGCGGACAGUGGGCAGAAAAGCGAGGGGUCAUGGUGGUGAUGAAGUCCCUAGCACAUCGUCAAGAGCAAGCAGGGCAGCCAGGGCUAAGAGGAAAAGUUAUGUUGAUGACUUUGUGGACUUCUCUGAUGAGGAAGCUGUUCCCUCCACUCAGGAAAAGGAUGACGACAGUGAUUUUGUUGCUGAAGAAAUCAUUAACGAGGAGUCAGCCAGCGACUGGGAGGAGGAUGCGAAGUCAGGGUCACAGAAAAGGACUGGCAGACAGGCAUCAAGCGGUAGCAGACGAUCAUCACGAACAGUUGGGCGAAAAAGCAAGUACGCUGAUUCAGACGAAGAAUUUGAAUCAUCUGACGAUGAGUUUGUCCCAAAAUCUUCAAAGAAACGCAAACACGCGGGGAGACCAAGUAGGGGAAAAGGAAGACCAAGAAGAAAGAAGAAGAAUAUGAGCAGUGACGAAGAAGAGGAAGAAAUGUCGGUAGAGGAAUCAAGUUCAGAUGACUAUGUCGCACCUAAACGAGACCCUAAAACUAAGAAGCGGAAAGAUGGUGAAGAGUCUGGAGAGGAUGAAUCUGAAGAGGAAAAGCCAAAAAGGAAGAGGGCGAAGAAAGCAGUAUCAGAGGAGGAUGAAGAAGAUGAGAGUGAUGAUGAUAAUGAUGAUGACGAUGAGGAUGAUGAGAGAACAGAUAUAAGAAAAGCAGUGAAGAAAGUGCGUCAGCUGAAAAGUAAACACAGACCACCCUGCAUGUUUGGCAAGAAAUGCUACAGAAAGAAUCCAGAGCAUUUCACUGAAUUCAGCCACCCAGGGGACGUGAGUUAUGACGAGCACUCUGACCUUGAUGAUGACGACAUCCCAGAUUGCCCAUAUGGUCACACCUGCUUCAGGACAAAUACAAGCCACUUGAAGCAGUACAAGCACCCUAUUAAGGACAGGGAUGAGGAAAAAGGUAAAGUCCACGAUGAUGAUGAUGAUAAAGAUGAGGACGACAAAGACAAGAAUGAUAAAGACUCAAAACAAAGUGUUAAGAAAACAGUGAUCGCCAAGAAAGCAGCUGAUAAUGAUGACGACGAAACAGGGCCCAAUACAUAUGACUACAAUGAUAGUUUUAUAAACGACCGGAGUCAAACACAGAAAACAGACGAGCCAGAUGAAGGGUCCGAAGAUGAUGAAGACGAUGAGGAUGAGGAGGAGGAUAUCGAUGAAUUGAAAAAAGAGGCGAAAAAGUUUAUCAAAAAUGACAAGUUGACAACUCCUGUGUGAAAACUUGUGGAUGUGGAGAGUGUUAGGUUAUGGUUGGGUGAAUGUGUUUGUUAAGUUGUAUUGUGUGAAUGGAGUUUUUCGACGGGGACACUUUGUAUAAUGUCAAUAAGUAAUGACUUAUAAUGGUUGUGUGUGAGUAACAUGAAAUAUUUGUAUGAAAUUAUCAAUAUACGCUUCUGGUGUACACAAAGCUGAUUCAAAAGCUUACGGUUUUUAACCUGCAUUGUGUGGAAUGAUUUUAGGUGCAUUUUUAGUUUCGUAAACAUUUUCAUUACCUUUAUGUAGUAUUUUAGUCAUUAUUUCAGAGAAAUAUGGAUGCUAAACCUGUUUCUGAUCUUUUAUUAGAGUAUUAGGGCUGUUGUUCCUUGCUUGUUGUUGUUUUUCGAAGAGUACAGUUGAGAUAUUGUCAUAGCCUAAGACUCUGUGGCAGUGGUGACUUUUACAUAUUUUAAGGUUUUUAAUGUUCACAUGGACCUUAUUUUACAAUGAGAACUAGUGUGCGUAAAACUUGGAUUUUAAAGCUUCACUCUCACAAGUUGACAGUUUUUACCUUUGUAAAAAAAAUGUCUCAGAUUCAACUCAUUUUGGCAUCAGUGCCUUCUAUUCAGUCAUAUAAGAUGCCAUAUAAGAUAACUCACAAUAGAACAGAUCCCAAUUGUUUGAAAAGCGUUUUUGCCAUAAAAUAUGAGUUUUCAAACAUAAAUAUGAAAACUGCAAUCUGAUCUUUUGUCAGCAAUCUUAUACAUGUAUGACUGGUUUCCAGACAUUUACGCAAAAACUGGCUCAUUCAAAGACAAAAAAAGUUGUCAAAACAAUUGUGAGAGUGCAGCUAUGGCCCUUGAUCUAUUGAGAAAAACGGACGAGCGUUUCCAACUGCUUGCCAUUUUCUUGUGUUUUAAAUCAUUUCAGAUUACAGUUAAUGUUUGUAUACAUACAUCAUUUAUGGAGAUAAAAAAUAUGUUCUUGGCUUGUUUUUGGAGAAGCUUAAUUGUGUGACCCCUUGAUCUCAGAUGUGUUAGAAAUUUCUCCUUUGCAUAAUCAUAGAUAUAAAUAGAUGCAUCACAUUUUUUUUCAAUUGUAAAACAUAUAAAUAAUGGCAUUUUUUCAUAAAAUUCAUUUGAUAAUAAGUUUGAUAACCCGACAAUUUUCCUCCCCUAAAUUAAGUAUAGCUUCUUCUUUUUUUAAAGUUUCAUUUCUUUAAGGCAGUUAAGCCUUCUAUUUAAUUUGUGUUGUUUGCGUAACAUUUUACGGAAAUUAUUAACGAUGUUUUGUCGUCUGGUUAUUAAGACGGUCUCAAUUGGUACAAAUAAUGCGGAACUAUUUUGUUUUAUUUCACAUUAUAUCUUAUUAAAAUAGAAGUUGAUUAAGGCAGCAAAAUGUUCUAUUUAAUUUCAGGGGUUUGCUUAAUUUUUUACGAAAAUUAUUGAAUGGGUCUCCAUAGCUAUAACUAAUGCGUAACUUUAUUGUUUUAUUUCUCAGUUGGUGUACUUUUUUUCUAAACAGAAAACAAUAAGAUUAUUAUAUAAAAAAUGUCGAGCAUCACCUUUGGUAAUUUGGUAGCACUUUAUCAAAGCACAUAUUUUUUUACAUAUUUUUUUAUCGCUUUUUCAAAUAAAUAUUUCUGCAUAGUUAUAAUAUCUGUUUCUUAAUUGAAACCUUUAUUGGUCACUUUUGGCAAAGUGCAUUUGAUUUUGGGACUUAUUUUUAACACUCACUUAACAUUUUACUUCAAUUCUUGAUAUUUUCAUAUUUCGUCUCCUGCUUGUAGAAAAGAUGGCCCCAUGAUCACUUCAUAAACUGACAGUUGUAAGUGUUUUAUAAUUAUAAACAUAGCUUUUUAAUGUUGCUGGCCAUAUUGACUCAAAUAUCAUGAAUCAUUUUUACAUAUUUCUACGUAUUCUGCAUGUUGUUGAUUUUAAGUGAUUUUAUGUGAGUACGAAGUAGAAGGAUCGUUACUUAAAGUCUACAAUUAUGAAAUAUUUGUUUUUAAUUGGAAAAUUUUCUUGGUUGAAGAUUCAUCCAGUCUCUUUUAUGUUGCAGCAUUAUUUUAUUAUCCACAUGUUUUGUUUAAAAAAAAUUGUCAGAGGUUGCGAAAUUUCAUGUGUAUAAUUAUGUACUUGUAAGAAGAGCUACACAUUAGAGUUUAUUAUUUGUUUGCAAAAUAUUUUGUCAAUGUCUCUCAACGAUACUGAAAUGAAUCACUCCCUCAUGCUUUUGUAUCUGCUAUUUUAAAUGUGUACAAUGUGCCAAUACCUUGAUGAUAUAACACAAAAAUAGAAGUGCAGUUUACACAUACCUUGAUGACAAAUGCACAAAAAGAAGUGCAAUGUACACAUACCUUGAUGACAAAAGUAACAUAGUGCACAAAAAGAAUGCAGUGUACACAUACCCUGAUGACAGAGUGCACAAAAAGAAGUUCAGUGUACUCAUACUUGGAUGACAUAGCACACAAAAAGUACAAUGUACACAUACCUUUAUGACAUAGUGCACAAAAAGAAAUGCAGUUUACACAUACCCUAAUGACAUGUGCACAUAAAGAAGUACAAUGUACCAAUUACUGAUGAUAUAGUGCACAUAAAGAAAUACAGGGUACCCUUACCUUGAUGACAUAGGGCACAAAAAGUGCAAUGUGCACAUACCUUGAUGACACAGGGCACAAAAAGUGCAAUGUACACAUACCUUUAUGACACAGGGCACAAGAAGUGCAAUGUACACAUACCUUGAUGACAUAGUGCACUUAAAGAAGUAUAGUGUACCCAUACCUUGAUCACAUAGGGCACAAAAAAGUACAAUGUACUCAUACCUUGAUCACAUAGGGCAUAGAAAGAAGUACAAUGUACACAUACCUUGAUCAAAUAGUACUCAAAAAAGUACAAUGUACCCAUACCUUGAUCACAUAGGGCAUAGAAAGAAGUACAAUGUACACAUACCUUGAUCACAUAGGGCAUAGAAAGAAGUACAAUGUACACAUACCUUGAUCACAUAGGGCAUAGAAAGAAGUACAAUGUACACAUACCUUGAUCACAUAGGGCAUAGAAAGAAGUACAAUGUACACAUACCUUGAUCAAAUAGUACUCAAAAAAGUACAAUGUACACAUAUGUUGAUCACAUAGGGCACAAAAGUUGAAAAAUGUUUACCAACCUUGAUGACAUUGCAUACACAAAAAGAACGAUGUCACCAACCUUGAUGACAUAGCGCACAAAAAUAAGUACACACAUUCGCUUACUCUUACACUAGCGUCAUUUUGCAGCCUCUUUAUUAUUGUAUUUAGUACUACGUUAAAGUGGCAACUAUUUUAAAAUGACUUGUGAAUUAUUUUUUUAUACGUUAUUUCAUUUUGCAUUUAAAUUGAAUUAUUAUAAACAAUGAUUUCUUGGUCUCUAUCACAUGUGUACUGAUAUUCAGUAUAGUAAAAUAUUAUUUGUUUUAAGGUGUUUCAUCUAUAAUUUAUCACAGCCCAGAUAGCCAUAUUCAGUAUAGUAAAAAAAAUAUACAAAUUAAGGUGUUUCAUCCAUCAUUUAACACAGACCCAUGAGCUAAAUUGUUAAGUUUCUAUGCCUGGUAACCACAUACGAAUUAAUAUCAUUUGAAAAGGAAUUUGCAUGUAAACUUGCAAUACUGUGUUAUAUAACACUCAACUCAAACAAUUGUUGAACUUACGAAAUAGAAUUCUUGUAUAAAGCUUUGCUAUUUAUCUUUCGGCUAGUUUGUGGAACUUAUUUGAUUGGUUAAUAGUAGCUGUUGGACAAAUAUUGACUAAUCAAUAAACAUUUUGGUUAACUUUAACCAGCCAAUUUAAUAAAACUGGUUAGUUCAUUGGUUUGGCCAUAGUUGGCCAAAAUGUUUAUUGAUUGGUCAAUAUUUAUCCAAGAAGUACUUUUAUCCAAUCAAAUCAUUUAAAGAGGAAACUUAAACGAAAGAUAACCUGUGGACAACUUAUCAAUGUGUUAUACAGUUGGCUGCUGAAGAAUAAACUAGCUGUGUACAAUUGGAUGCAGUUUUUUUAUUAAUUAACUAUAUUUAUAUGAAAAACUACAGAAACAUGCUCAGUAGCCAAAAGUUUAAACAUAAACCCCGUUUAAUGGCACAGGGUAAACACCAAAGACAUAGAACACAAAAACACAUCACAAACAACAUGUUAAGUAUAUUAAUUGGGUCUUACAUAAUUCAUUCUCUAUUCAUAUGAUACCAAUAUCUUAUGGGGCUAUCGGGCAUUUUUUUGAUGGAUGGAACACCUUCAAGUUUUCUUUAAUUCCUUAAAACACAAGAUAUUGUAAUUUUCAGGAAACAUUGAUGCAAUGAUAUGAAAGAGUAUAAAAUACAAAUAUAUGGCUCAGAGUCAAUGUCCA